CAGCCGAGGCCGGCUCGGGAGCGAGGCCGCGGGGAGUGCGGCGCUGACAGAGACGCGCGCGCGCGAUCCAGCUCGGACCCCGGGCCCCUGCAGCUAUCACCGCCGCCCGCCCUAGUCCCCCCUCAGCCACUUCUCCUCGCCAUGGAGGCGAGGCCGCCGCCGCCGCCGCGGGGCUCCAAGCCGCGGGCCGGGCGGCGGCCCUGAAGGCGUGUGGCGGGCCGAGACGCCGCGGCGCAGCCGAGGCGGAGCCGCGGUCCUCGUCCCCAGCGGUCCCGCCCAGCGCCGGACUCGUUGCAGGUGACAAACUAAAAAAAAAGUAUUUAUGGAAUUCCAGUGAGUGGGGAUGGAUGAUGCAUCUCAAAUAAUUAAGCAAUGAAUGAGAGUUCCUGUUGCUCCACAUCCUCACCAGGAUUUGGUGUUGUCGGUGUUUUGGAUCUUGGCCAUUCUGAUAGGUGUGUGGUCAGCAUGGAUUCCUGGAUCAUUCUUAUUCUGCUUGUCAGUAGUCUGAUACAUGUCAGUGCCAACAAUGCAACCACAGCUUCACCUACAAGAUCUAAUGAAGCAUUGGUAGCAGAGUCAGUAAAAGAAGAGAUCAAAACUUCAAAUCCUACUUCUUCAGUAACUUUUCCUGUGACACCAACUUUCAGCCCAAAUCUAACUCUGGGACCCACCUAUGUAACCACUGUCAAUACUUCAGAUUCUGAGAAUGGGACCACAAAAAUAGCAAGCACCAAUUUUGUAGUUACUACAAUUUCACCAAAUGGAACAUGGCUUCCAGAUAACCCGUUCACAGAUGUCAGAACAGAAUCUUCGGAAGGAAAUUCCAGCACUGCAGCAACCACUCCAGAAACUUUCCCUCCUUCAGGUAAUUCUGACACAAAGGACAGAAGAGAUGAAACGCCAAUUAUUGCAGUGAUGGUGGCCCUGUCCUCUCUGCUAGUGAUCGUCUUUAUUAUCAUAGUUCUGUACAUGUUAAGGUUUAAGAAAUACAAGCAAGCUGGGAGUCAUUCCAAUUCUUUCCGCUUAUCCAAUGGCCGCACUGAGGACGUGGAACCCCAGAGUGUGCCACUUCUGGCCAGGUCUCCAAGCACCAACAGGAAGUAUCCACCUCUGCCCGUAGACAAGCUGGAAGAGGAGAUUAACCGGAGAAUGGCUGAUGACAACAAACUCUUCAGAGAGGAAUUCAACGCUCUCCCUGCUUGUCCUAUCCAGGCCACCUGUGAAGCUGCCUCCAAGGAGGAAAAUAAGGAAAAAAAUCGAUAUGUAAACAUCUUGCCUUAUGAUCACUCUAGAGUCCAUCUGACACCAGUUGAAGGAGUUCCAGAUUCUGAUUACAUCAAUGCUUCAUUCAUCAAUGGCUACCAAGAAAAGAACAAAUUCAUUGCUGCACAAGGACCAAAAGAAGAAACGGUAAAUGAUUUUUGGAGGAUGAUCUGGGAACAAAACACAGCCACCAUUGUCAUGGUGACCAACCUGAAGGAGAGAAAAGAGUGUAAGUGUGCCCAGUACUGGCCAGAUCAAGGCUGCUGGACCUAUGGGAAUAUCCGUGUGUCCGUAGAAGAUGUGACCGUCCUGGUGGACUACACAGUGCGAAAGUUCUGCAUUCAGCAGGUGGGCGACAUGACCAACAGAAAGCCACAGCGCCUCAUCACUCAAUUCCACUUUACCAGCUGGCCAGACUUUGGGGUGCCUUUCACCCCCAUCGGUAUGCUCAAGUUUCUUAAGAAGGUGAAGGCCUGUAACCCUCAAUAUGCAGGGGCCAUUGUAGUCCAUUGCAGUGCGGGUGUAGGGCGGACAGGGACCUUUGUUGUCAUCGAUGCCAUGCUGGACAUGAUGCAUACAGAGCGGAAGGUGGACGUGUAUGGCUUUGUGAGCCGGAUCCGGGCACAGCGCUGCCAGAUGGUGCAAACAGAUAUGCAGUACGUCUUCAUAUACCAAGCCCUUCUGGAGCAUUAUCUCUAUGGAGAUACAGAACUGGAAGUGACUUCUCUAGAAACACAUCUGCAGAAAAUUUACAACAAAAUCCCAGGGACCAGCAACAAUGGAUUAGAGGAGGAGUUUAAGAAAUUAACAUCAAUCAAAAUCCAGAAUGACAAGAUGCGGACUGGAAACCUUCCAGCCAACAUGAAGAAGAACCGGGUUUUACAGAUCAUUCCAUAUGAGUUUAACAGAGUGAUCAUUCCAGUUAAGAGGGGUGAGGAGAACACAGACUACGUGAACGCAUCCUUCAUUGACGGCUACCGGCAGAAGGACUCCUACAUCGCCAGCCAGGGCCCUCUUCUCCACACAAUUGAGGACUUCUGGCGAAUGAUCUGGGAGUGGAAAUCCUGCUCUAUCGUGAUGCUGACAGAACUGGAGGAGAGAGGCCAGGAGAAGUGUGCCCAAUACUGGCCCUCAGAUGGACUGGUGUCCUAUGGAGACAUCACAGUGGAGCUGAAGAAGGAGGAGGAAUGUGAGAGCUACACCGUCAGAGACCUCCUGGUCACCAACACCAGGGAGAACAAGAGCAGGCAGAUCCGGCAGUUCCACUUCCAUGGUUGGCCUGAAGUGGGCAUCCCCAGCGAUGGGAAGGGCAUGAUCAACAUCAUCGCAGCCGUGCAGAAGCAGCAGCAGCAGUCAGGGAACCACCCCAUCACCGUGCACUGCAGUGCGGGGGCAGGACGGACAGGGACCUUCUGUGCCCUAAGCACAGUCCUGGAACGGGUGAAAGCGGAGGGGAUUUUGGAUGUCUUCCAAACCGUCAAGAGCCUGCGGCUGCAGAGGCCACACAUGGUCCAGACACUGGAACAGUACGAGUUCUGCUACAAGGUGGUGCAGGAAUAUAUCGAUGCAUUCUCAGAUUAUGCCAACUUCAAGUAAGGUGAUGAGACCGUGGACAGGAGCAUUGCCUUUAAUAUUUUGUAAUAUUCUGUUUGUUAAUAUACCCAAAAUUGUGUAUAUAUCUUAUAACUGUUUUAGAAAUUGGUACAUAGGCUUCUAUUACUUAUUAGGUGGAGAUUUUAUAUGUAAAUGUGAUAGCACUGAUAUUCCUUUUUCCAAUGUUUUAUUGGGGAAUUAAAUAGUGUGAUGUUUGGACUGA